CUUCCCACUCGUCCAUCGACGACCAUGUCUAGGUCUUCCGACGACCGCCUCCGCGUAUUCACGCUGAACUGCUGGGGUCUAAAGUAUGUUUCGAGUAACCGGCGGGAGCGGGUCGAGGCCAUAGCGCAGGUCCUUGCGGGCUCGGACUAUGACAUUAUAGCACUGCAAGAGCUUUGGGUGUUCGCUGACUAUGAGCACGUACGAGAGACUGUCUCAAAGAAGCUUCCGUACUCGAAGUUCUUCUAUAGCGGUGCUCUGGGAGCUGGACUCGCUAUAUUCUCACGCUUUCCCAUACUAGCUGCGACCAUCCAUCCGUAUUCUCUGAAUGGAUCGCCCAUUGAUGUCCUGGCUGGCGACUGGUUCGUCGGCAAGGCCGCUGCGAGCGUCCUUAUUGUUCACCCCGUCCUCGGACAAACGCAAAUAUUCAACACGCAUCUCUUUGCUAUGGGCGGUGACGAAGGCCCAGACCAUUUCAAGGCUCACCGUCUCGUGAACGCCUGGGAGUUUGCCAAGCUCGCCCGUCAAGCGGCAGAAGUCGGGCGGUAUGUCAUUGCCACAGGUGACUUCAACAGCGUGCCCACAGCACCGCCAAUGGCCAUUAUCCGCGAGCAUGCUCAACUUAACGACGCGUGGACAGACUCGCACAAACACGUCCGAGCGCCCUCAGGUGUUAUCCCGUCGCCCAUUGAUGCCAUUCACAUGUACGGUGUAACCGCGGACUCGCCGCUCAACUCAUACUCAGCGGGAAAGCCUCUAGAGUCUUACGCACGCAAGUACCAGGGCAAACGGCUAGACUAUAUUUUAUACAGGGGGCCUAGCAGACCUCCGGCCAGCGACCGUACACCCCGAUUGCACUGCCUCGACACUAAGGUCGCGUUCACAGAAGACGUCCCCGGGACCAACUACUCAUACUCAGAUCACUUUGGCGUGGAGGCGACGUUCGAGAUUACUCUUCCUGGUGCCGAUGUGACGGACCCGGAACAGACUCAUAUACCAGCCCCAGCUAACAUGCAUGUCACUACCGCCCCAACUACGGUCGACCCCCUUCUGGAGACCGUGCAGACCGCACAGUCAUUUGUCCUCCCUUCGAUGUCAAACCCGAAUCCCAUUCCCCGGUCGACUCUGUCCCCAGAGUCCAUCACUUCGACAUUACGAUCUCUCACAGCCCGGUACCGCUAUGCCGUUUCCCGCGCUCGCUACCACCUUUCAAUUUUCAUUGGCUGCAUCGCCCUUCUACUUGUGCUUACCACCAGCUCUGCCUGGGUGCCCAACUCGUGGAUUUCCCCGAUUUACAUGCUGUUGACUAUCUUCCUGGCGUGGCUGGCAACGACCAUGCUGUACAUUGGUUUCAUAUAUGGGAAGUGGGAGGUCAAUGCUUUGACCAACAUCAUAGAAGAGCUGGAAAUAUACCGGGCGAGCCUAGAUGAUAGGCAAGGUGGGGGGACGGGGCAGUGGCAUGGUCAUCAGCUAGAUAGACAGAUUUUGGCGCGAUAGAAGUUUGGGUUGGUUUAUAAUGCUCACGUUGUACUCUAUCAUCUGGACAUCAUUUGGACAUUGUGCUACUCCCUC